UUUGCUGCGUCACCACGGGCCGAGCGCUGCGCGGGGCAUUGUGGGAGCGAGGCCGCGCCAGAGCCCCCGAGCCCGCCCGGAGCCGCCACCGGAGCCUCUCACCGGAACCCCCCCCCCCCCCCUCCGGAACCCUCCCGGUACCUUCCCGGUACUGCCCAAGCACAACCCGCGACACCGCCCGGAGCCUUCCGCACCCCUCAGGAGCGCCCGCCGGAGCCGUCGCCAUCCGCCAUGUGAGGCCCGGGGAUGGGAGCGGCGCGGGAAGGCCCCGCCAGGCCCCGGCGCUACCGCGGGAGCCGCCCCGGCGCCGCCGAGCGCGGGCUGACCUUGGGCCCUGAGGGCUUUUUUGUCCCGGUUACCGUGUGGGCUCGGUUACCGGGUGAGGCCCCCGUGUGGGCCCCGGUGGACCGGGAUGCGGGCGGGAUCUCCCGCUGUGGGUUUUAAUGGGGUGUUCGGGGGGUGCUGCGCGUUUCUCGGCGGGUCGGUGCCCACCGAAAGAGCAGAAAACUCCCGGCAGCCUGCCUCUGCAAAGUGGUACGACCGGAGGGACUACGUCUUUGUUGAGUUCUGUGUUGAAGACAGCAAAGACGUAAAUGUAAAUUUUGAGAAGUCCAAACUCACGUUCAGUUGUCUUGGAGGAAGUGAUAACUUUAAACAUUUAAAUGAAAUCGAUCUUUUUAAUAAUAUCGAUCCAAAUGAAUCAAAGCAUAAAAGAACAGACAGAUCCAUCCUGUGUUGUUUACGAAAAGGAGAGUCUGGUCAGGCAUGGCCAAGGUUAACAAAAGAGAGGGCAAAGCUCAACUGGCUCAGCGUGGACUUCAACAACUGGAAAGACUGGGAGGAUGAUUCAGAUGAAGACAUGUCCAAUUUUGAUCGUUUUUCUGAGAUGAUGAACAACAUGGGAGGAGACGACGACGUAGACUUGCCAGAAGUAGAUGGGGCAGACGAUGACUCACCAGACAGUGAUGAUGAAAAAAUGCCAGAUCUGGAGUAAGGCAAAGCGUCGUCUUCAGGGUUUUGGGGAAAGAAGUUCAUCACAACAUUUCAUAAUUGAGAUAAGAAUUCCUGAGUUGAUAGCCCUAAAGGGAGAUCCUGCAUCCUUUAACCCAUUUUCAGUCCAUUUUAAAUGGCUUCACUGAUGGUAGGUGUGUCCCAUGGCACGGGGCGGUCUUAAAGCCACGAGAGGCAAUAACAGUUAUGCAUGAACCGUUUUCCAGACUUCCAAAAAAAAAAACAAAAAAAAAGAGAUAAAAAAACCACCAAACCAACCCAAUUGAGGUGUAGGCAAUCCAUUGAGAAGAGUUGCAAUAAAGUUUACAGAGCCUCCUUGCCUCCAAUUACAAUGGGAGAACCCUGAAUUAACACUGAGAGGUUUAAAUGAGCUUUUUGGUUUUUUUUUUUUUCUCCCUUUUUUUGUCCAUUUAUACCGGGAACAAAAACCCAAAACAAAACCAACUCUUUAUCAUUGGCUCCCCCCUAAAAAAAAAAAAAAAAAUAAAAUAAAAUCCAGCAGGGCGAGGCACAUCCCUUCCUGUUCCCACUUUAAAAAAGUUCAGUUUAAAAAGAAAAAAAAUUUCCAAAUUCUUCUGGUUUUUGGUGUUGGAGCCCCCGAGCGGAGGCUGCCCCUGGUCCCGUGGUGUGACCCCCAAACCUUUUCCACCUCUUCCUCCUCCUCCUCCUCCUCCUCCUCCUCGCCCGGGGUGCGAGUUGGCUGUACAUUGUUGCUUGUCAAUCUGUACAUUUUAGACCAAAAUCGUAUUUGCACUGUGGGUUUGGCAGCAAGUGACAGAACCGUGGAACCGGGCUGAAAAACCUCAAUUUAUGUUCAGAGCAGCUGGGAUUUUUUUAAUGUCUGCAUUCUUUCUAAUAAACUGUUGAAGACUCCCUGGC